CAGAGUCCGUGGGAGUUGCCAGCCAAUAACCAACUGGAUGACAAAAAGGAAACAUGGUUAACGCCCAUUUUGGCUCUUAUAUCACAUACUUGUGGGCGUACUUGCACAAAUAAUGGUCGAAACAGAAACGUACAUUAUAAAUUUAUGUAUGAAUAUCAGAUGAUUGCAAACUAGAAUGUUGCAUUGAAAAAUCGAAAAAGGGAAAUAUUAAAAUUUAAGAAAUGAACCCAGACAUAUUACUAGUUUGAUAUAAAGAAAAAUGAAAUAAAAAAAGAAAGAACCAAAAUAUCCUUUUUGCGUAAUAAACAAGGUGAUAUGUUUAUAGAAAAAUAAAAUAAAUCUUGUAUGCCGUAGAUUAUUUAAGGCCCUAUUUGGGGUAUCAUUCCAUACUUAAGCACCAAAAUACUUUACUGAUCUAAGGCCAUUUAAAGAUAUGUAUAAAUAAUGGUAGAAAAUGUGUCAUUUUAAUUAAUGAAAUUCAAUGUUUAAAGCCAUUCACUCAUAGAUUCCACGGAGGGCAACAGCUCUAUAAUGUGCAGAUAAAUAAUAAGGUAACAACGAAUUGUUCAAGUAGGUCAUUGUCACUAUAUUGAAAUCAGGGACGAAUUUUAGAGGAACGUUUUGGAGUGGGGAAGUUAGAUAAUAAUCGGAUUAUAGUACCACCCUCUUCAGGGGCCUAGAAAAUGAUAAAAACGCCCAUUUUUGCAAUUUAUUAAGUCACACAAUCAAAUGCUCCAGUCAAAUGAAAUCAGCCCUACACGCCCUCCCAAUAACUUAUUAUUGAUUGCCAUAAACUUCUCUGCGUCCAGGAAAAUCCACCCCAGUCCACCCCUGUCAACCUCAUGUCCACCCUGUUACGAUACCAGAGCCCGUGUUUGAUCAAUUUAACGGUGAUAUCCUUAUUUCUUUUAAUUUUCUGUUGUGGUUUUUUUUUCACAAUGGAGAUCUCCCUCCGUGCAUCUCGUUUCUGAUAGCGGUUAAUCUCGUUGGAUUUUGAGAAAAAAUUUGUGUCAUUCAUAGAUCCCUUUCCGCGUUUCACUGACACACCUAGCGUACUUUCGUUUAUCAAAGAACAGGUGGAAUCUCCUUGUGGCUUUGGUUCCGGCAUUGCAAUCAUGUGCACCAAAGGUCUCCUAUAAAAGGCCUUGUGUCGACUAAUAUCUUCAGAGCAGCUUAGUCUCAGUGACGCUCAUAUCAUUUUGAAACAGUUAAAGUCACCUUGAAAGAUGUCUCAGGCGUUCAGUGUGUAUAUCAAUUCUUUAACAUCCCUGGUCAAGCAAAAGGAAGUCACAUUACAAUGUGGAAUGGUUAUAGCAGCAACUGCAUGCCUUAAUCAAUUGCUGACCAAAUCGUUCUUUCAAUGUCCUAUAGCAGUCCAUUACAUGUAUGGAUGGAUAUUUAUGGUCCUUCCUGGACUGGUUUUGGCAAUUCUAUCAUUGCUUGCAUCGAAAAGCUUUUCUGUGGCUUUGAUAGGAUUCUGUAGAAAGGACGAAGAUGUUCCUCCAACAGCAACUUUCGGCAGACGAAAGCGGACUUGGUAUCAUUUUAUAAAGAAUUUGUCGUUUUCACUGGCUUUUGCAGCUUUAGCCUUCAUGAGCUGGUUGACAAUGUCUCUGCUUUUCUCUGAAGCAUACUCAUGCACUGUGGUUGGACCAUUCAACGAGAAGGCACAAGCCAAAUUUUCAAAAGCUGUUUAUGAGACCGAGAAGAAAAGAUACAACACCUACUCAAGACUGGCUGGUCUUAUUCUUCUAACGAUUGGAAUAUCAGCAGUGUUUUUCUUCCACCUACUCGUCAAAUGCUGCUUUACAGAACUGCCAUCCAAGGAGCUUGCCAGUAUGCGAAGUUAUGACGAAAUCGAAGCUAAAGCUGCAGACGAAGAAUUCGACAUUUUGAUGCAAAAAUCAGCUGAUGCAAGGGGCAGGCAAAUGGUCAGACAAUUUUUGGACACAUUCCAUAAGAAAGAAAAUUAUGAAGAGGCAGCAUUAGAAAGAGACGUAGUUUUUGAUCUUCGAAAGUUCCUUGCUUUGAGAUAUCCAAAGCUUGACAUGAAUGGGGAAACAACAGUGGCAUAUUGUGACCAAGAUCAACUUCCAGAGAACUUUUAUGCUGACAAAGUGGAUGGAGAAAUAACAAACACGAAAGAUUCUAAAUCUAACACAGAUAAUGCUUUAUAUUUCACCCAUAGCUCUAAUGUUUAAAAAUAGAUUUUGUCUAGAACAUGAAUCCCACCGAUCACUUCCCCAUCCCAGAGUUUACAACUUAUGUGGGAGCCCUUGAGAUAUGUUGCUCAGGGAAAGACCUUACACAGCAAACGAUUAAACACUUGUGGUUGCUUUUUUCUUCUGAAAUCGUCAUAGUGCACAAAAGCAAGCGAUUUUUAUGCAACUGCAUACCUUAGAACGAUUUAAAAUAUCGUAUAUUUUAUAUAUUUAUAUAUUUUUAACUAAUAUUUUACAUAACAUAAUUCAAGCAUACAUUAACAUACACUAUAGAUAUUUAGUAAGUUUUUAAAAGUUAAUGUUAAACCACUUUCUUUUUCAGUUGUUUACCUAUUUUUGAUGCUAAAGAAAUGCAUUUGUGAUUAAGUUUGUAAACGAAUUUUGAUUUAUGCACUAUGGAUAUUAUAACAAUUUUGUAUGUAUAUGUUGAUAAUUAUUAGUAUAUGCAAAAAUGUUAUUUUGAUUACAGAUUAAUGUUAAUGUAAUUUAAUUUAGGGUGAAAAUAUCAGAAAGAAUAGUUCUAUGACAAAUCAUUUACGAAGUCUUCCUUUCUUCAUUCAAUGAAUCUUGAGCCACAAAGGCAACAGGAUGAUCUACCCUGUUUAUUUCGUGAUGAUAGCAUUAAGAAUAUAGAAUCAGUGGCGUAACAGACAUAGGUCGGGGUUAGAGUAAGUCCUAAGGGCCCCCAAGCCAAUCUUAAGGGCAUUAAUUGAAUUAAAUAGUGAUUUGAGAAACAAAUAUUCUAAAGUUAAACAUGUUAUAGAAAGACAGAGAGUUUGCAAAACCAGUAGUUUCCUGCUAAACAAGACAAUAAUUUACCAAUUGGUUUCCUGUGUGUAGAACGAUACCCUGGGUACCAGACUCACUAUAUAUAAAAUAAUAGGUAAUUUUAUCUUUAAAAAGAAGGCAGAAAAAACACACACACCCAGCCAGCAUAAUGGUGGGGCACCUCAAGAGCAGAACAAUAAAUUGUUAUGCAUUUGAUCGAUAUCCGACCUUUCUCUACCCAAUAAAUCGAUAUCCGACUUGUCUCUACCCUGAAGCCAACAUAGGUAACAAAUAGACUUCUCGUCGGUCUGCAGAGACAAGUAGCAGAAGCCUGUUGCACAUUCGCCAGGACCAUGUGCAACAUACUAGCUAGAUCAUUGCAAGAUAGCCUCACUCUAUACUACAUCAAUAUGGCCAGAAAAAAAUAUCCCGGUGCACAAACCCCUAUUCUAGCAUAACAAAGGCAUAAAAAUCUCAGAGACUGGCCAAUUCAUACUAAAUUUUUGCUUUACAUGGCAUUGCAAGAUGCCCCAAUGCCACUCCUUCACUGUAUUUACUAUGUCACGUCCAACUCCAACGUCGUUUUUCUAUGCGCGGCACAUCUUUAUGAGGAGAAAAUAACCCAAGAGAUUGGAAAUAGAAAUAAAACUGUGUCAACAUACUGUACACCACAGACUUUACAUUCCAUAAGAUACACAACAUUGGACGAAUCACAAUUAAACGGAAAAUCAAUCUUAUAUCCCUUAUCAGUUAUAUGGGAAGUAAAAGUAUCACUGUCACACAUAUCAUAGCACACUUGACAUCGAGACUUACGGCAUGGAGUACAACCCUUGUUAUGCGAGACACUUCCGCUUCCCCCUAAGUUUAGCCCUAACUAACUUAUCUUUACG